CUUCUCCUUUCACCUUUACUUUCUCUCUCUCUCUUUCUACAUAUAUCUAUAUAUAUAUUCUCUGAACCCAUCUCUUGAAAACAUUCAAGAUCAAGUCUUUCUCGAUCAAAUAAAUUAAAAAGAACCAUUUGAGAAACAGGUGUUUUCGAUCAAAUAAAGGGUUUGAUUUUGUUCCGGGAUAAGCUAUUUGCUUUUCUAGUAGGGUUUAAGGUUUCUUGUGGGAUAAAAAAAAAAAAAAAAGAUGGAAACUUUUGGUGGGUUUCAUAAGGAAGAUGAUGAGCAGAUGGAUUUGCCUCCUGGGUUUAGGUUUCAUCCAACAGACGAAGAACUCAUAACCCACUAUCUACACAAGAAGGUUCUUGACAUCGAUUUCUCUGCUAAAGCUAUUGGCGAGGUGGAUUUGAACAAAGCUGAGCCGUGGGAGUUGCCGUAUAAAGCAAAAAUGGGAGAGAAAGAAUGGUACUUUUUCUGUGUGAGGGAUAGAAAGUAUCCGACCGGUCUGAGGACUAACCGGGCAACUGAAGCCGGUUAUUGGAAGGCGACGGGGAAAGAUAAAGAGAUAUUCCGAGGCAAAUCGCUUGUUGGUAUGAAGAAAACACUUGUUUUCUACAGAGGAAGAGCUCCAAAAGGCUUGAUGGCAAACUCUCUCCCCACAACUUGCCCAAAACCGCAAAGGGUGUUUCAUAAAACUGCUGGAGGCAAGAAGAUCCCGAUUUCGGCUUUAAUCCGGAUUGGUUCUUACGGAACCGGGUCCAAUUUACCACCUUUAACCAAUUCUUCAGUAUACAAUGACAAAACCAAGACCGAACCGAUUUACGUGCCCUGCUUCUCCAACCAAAGUGAAACCAGAGGAACAAUGCUCAAUUGCUUCAGCAACUCGAUCCAGCCUGAGUUUCUCCAGAGGAUUCCACUCUACCAACCUCAAUCUCUCUACGUAACCGAGAAUCUACAGAGUUCCAGUCCGGUUCUUACUCAAGAACAAUCGGUUUCUCAAACGAUGGUUGAGAAUAGCAGAAGGCAGGGCUUCAAAACGUUGAGCAUCUCGCAGGAAACCGGAGUUUCUAAUACAGAUAUUUCAUCGGAUUUUGAGUUUGGGAGGAAAGGAUUCGAUCAUCAAGAAGUUCCGUCUUCCUCAACCGGCCCGCUUGAUCUUGAACCUUUCUGGAAUUACUGAAUACUUUUCAGAACCUCAAAAGUCCAUUAAUCUUAGGUCACAAGUAAGAAGAACUUUGCAAAGUUUACUCCUUUUAGCGUGGUGUGCUAAGUUUGUAUAGAUUAUUAUUACAUCUGUACUACUUCUAGUGUUUUUUAUUAUUAUUAUACCCCAACUGAAACUUAAUAUUAGAGAGAGGAUACAAAGGAGAAGCAAUUAUUUUUUUUAGAUUUUUGUUGCAUUAGGGUGCAUUAUAUCAUCAAAACUAACGAUUAUACGUUCGGUUCAACUUCAAUACUAGACUGAUACAUUUGAUUAUCAA